ACAAUGCUGCAUCAUGGCUUGCGUCCGGAUACACCGCGUCACUGACGGCGACAUGAAUAUUUAUAUUUUUAUAGAUAGACUCGAAGAAAUUGGAGCAGGUAUUACGGGAAGGUGGUCAAUCACAAUGUAAUUGGAGCAGGUUGCAUGGCGUCAUGGCUUGCGUCCGGAUACAAACACAGAGAAAGAGUGUUUUUCUAAGAAAGACUGUGUCAAGAGGGACAGAAUGAGCGUUGGAGCAGAAAAGGUACCAAAGAGAGAAUGAGUAGUGGAGCAGAGAAGGUGGUGUGCGUAACAGGAGCGUCCGGAUACAUUGCGUCGUGGCUGGUGAAACUCUUGCUCCAACGCGGAUACACUGUCAAUGCCUCUGUUCGUGACCCAAAUGACCCAAAGAAGACAGAACACUUGCUUAUGCUGGAUGGAGCUAAGGAAAGACUUCAUUUGUUCAAAGCAGACUUACUGGAAGAAAGAUCGUUUGAUUCCCUGGUUGAUGGAUGCGAGGGCGUUUUUCAUACAGCCACUCCUGUUUAUCUCAGUGCCAACGAUCCUCAUGCCGAAUUAAUUGAGCCAGCAGUGAAGGGAACACUUAACGUUCUAAGAUCAUGUGCUAAAGUUUCAUCUGUUAAAAGGGUGGUUAUAACAUCCUCAAUGGCAGCGGUUGUAUACAAUGGAAAACCCCUUACUCCUGAUGUGGUAGUUGAUGAGACUUGGUUUUCAGAUCCAGCUUUUUGUGAGGAAUCGAAGCUUUGGUAUAUGCUUGCAAAGACCUUGGCAGAGAAGGCUGCUUGGGAAUUUUCCAAAGAAAAUGGAAUUGACAUGGUAGCAAUGCAUCCUGGGUGGGUGAGUGGUCCCCUUUUACAGCCAACUCUCAAUACAAGUUUGGAGCCAUUUCUCAAACUUGUGAAAGGGGCUGAAAGUAUUCCAGUUAUGUCUCCCAGAUGGGUUGAUGUUAGAGAUGUUGCUAAUGCACAUAUACUAGCCUUCGAGAAUCCAUCAGCCAGUGGAAGAUAUUGUUUAGUUGGAAGAGUUCUCCAAUUUUCUGAGUUUGUGAAGCUUAUGCGUGAACUCUUCCCUGAUAUAAACGUUCCUGAAAAAUGCGGAGAUGACCAUCCUUUUGCAUCUUCCUACAAGGUAUCCAGGGAGAGAGCUGAAAGUUUAGGCCUUAACUUCACUCCAGUGGAGGUGACUUUAAAGGAUACUUUUGAAAGCUUGAGGGCGAGUAACCUCUUCAAUGUUUGAUGCAUGGCACAUAGGCAACUCAUGCUGAGUAGUUAUAAAUAAACUUUCCCUACCCUUCAAUUCUUCCGUUUCAAACGUCACUGGCAUCAGCUGGACUGCCUAUUUUUGCAAUAUUGCAGAAUGUAUUUCAUAAUAAUGAUGUCAUAAAGCAAGUGUGACUUCUACA